AUGUUUUCCUCUUAUUUCCACCUUUUCCCCUUUAAUUCAUUGUUUAUUCUAGCCAGCAAUCUGUCAAUAAUCAAUAUAUUUAUUUACAACCUCCUCCCAAAUUUUAUAUUAAAUUACAAAAAUUGUGUUUUUUAUUUGCAAAAAAAAAUAAACUUAAAUACAGUCAAACCUCGAUUUAAUAUGCGUUUUUUGAAACUGUUGGACCCUGAGGUGGUAAAGCAGACUGAGCAAUACCUUCCAUUUAAAAUACACCUCAUACAUUUUCGGUAG